CCACCUUGCUCACUACUUAGUGUACUAUUUGGCACUAAUUCGUAUUCACGUACUAAUACAGUGAGGGGAAUAUCUGAUGAAUUCAUUAAAUACUGCGUUGCACUACAAAGCUGUAGGGUCCAAGAGAUAAACCUGAGAGUGUAAAAAAACACAUGUAAUGCCGUGUAGGGGGUUAGGGAGUAGGGCACCAUUUCGGAGAGACUGUUAAUUAUUUACUCCUACCCUACUUCUGUCAGCAUGUUAAAUAAUAGUAGUGCAGUGCCGCUUUGCGUCCUUGUAGCUAACGUUUUAAAGUUUUAUUCAUUUUAAACGUAUUAUAUUAUACCUAAAAACACGCUUAGAACAGUUUGAUCUCUGCUAACUGAAAGUUCUGUGAUCACACACUACCGCCAGAUACUUAAAAUAUUUAAAACAUGACAAGUGUUCAGAUGAGUGCUAUGGAUGAGAUGGUUGAACAGUUCCUGGAUUGUGCUUCCAGGGGGGACUUGGACAAAGUUUCCACUAUGAUCUCUCACUCGAGUCAACUGCUCAAUGAAAGUGGAAAACAAGGAUGGACAGCUUUAAUGUUGGCUGCAAGAAAUGGACAUUUUGAUGUGGUAAAAGCAUUACUUUCAAGUGGGUGUAAUAAAAACUUGGUGAAUAAGUCUGGCCAGUCUGCUUGUGACAUAGCAAAUUUUUGGGGACACAGACACAUUGCCCGUUUCUUAGGAAGCACUGGAGAUGUCACACUUCCUGGAAUUCUUCCAAGCACUAAAUCUCCAGAGAAUGAAACAUAUUUCAGUAGGGAAUAUCUCAACAGAAUGAGUGACAAAAGGACUGAUUCGGAAUGGCUUUUAGCUAAACAGUCUUCUCCUGAAACAGUGUUUAUUAUGUUUCAUAACUUAAACCCUUUUGUUACAACAGAGCCAGAGGAAAUAAAUGAUAUUCAACCUAAGUUGAAAUUAUACAGGUUUGGAUGGGACUCUGUGAAAGUGGCACUUGAAAAGAAUGACACAGUGGUUAUAUUUCUGGGAGUAGAAAAGCAGGAAUGUUCACCUUCUUCACCACCAAAGAGGGAUGGACUCAUUGCGUGGUUUGCUCUCAAUACAGAGGAGAAUCCCACAGAAAGUCUUAAGGUCACAGCUCCAAACAGCUUCUUCCUUACAGGGCUAAUGCCAAGGCUCCUAAUGCUGAAUGAAGAUGAAGCAGGUAUUGUUGCACAAGCCAGAUCUGUACUUGCAUGGCACAACCGGUACAGUUUCUGCCCUUCCUGUGGUGGUAAGACCAAAGUGGAUGAAGGAGGUUACAAAAGAAUCUGCUUGACAGAAGGCUGCAGGAGUCUGCAAGGAAUCCACAAUACCUGUUACCCUAGAGUUGAUCCUGUUGUGAUCAUGCUGGUGCUUCACCCAGAUGGGAAUCGGUGCUUACUAGGAAGGAAGAAGACAUUUCCUCCAGGAAUGUUCUCAUGCCUUGCUGGGUUCAUUGAACCAGGUGAGACCAUUGAAAAUGCAGUAAGGAGAGAGGUUUUAGAAGAGAGUGGAGUUACUAUUGGCCCUGUUCAAUAUGUUUCCUGCCAGCCAUGGCCAAUGCCUUCAUCGCUCAUGAUUGGUUGCUUUGCAGUAGCGGUGUCUACAGACAUAAAUGUUGAUGGAAAUGAAAUUGAAGAUGCUCGCUGGUUUACUAGGCAAGAGGUAAUAGAUGCUCUUCUGAAGAGUAAUCAAGCAGGAUUUUUCAUUCCUCCAAAACAAGCUAUUGCCCACUAUCUUGUAAAACACUGGAUCGGUAUGAACUCAAACCUUUGAACUAACCAGAAUGUAACCAGAAUAUAACAGCAUGUUGGUUAUAAUUGCUCUGAAAUGUGUUUUGGGUUCUAAAAGUGUAUCUUGCAUCAGAAAUCUGAAACUUUGUUCAGUUGCUAUACUUAAAAUAAACAAAUUGUAAUAUUGCUGUAGAUAAUAGAUGAAAAUGAACAAAAUGUCAUUCUGACAAUCAUACUAAUCACGACUCUAGUACCUCUAAUCCCAGUAUGCUACAGUGGAUUCCUUCAGCACUGGUACUCUUUGUUUGAUUUCUUCCAAAAUACCAAGAGCAAACAUGUCUUCUUUUGACUAAGAAUAGGUAGCUUAUAAAAGGAAUGACAUCUUCCUGCUCGUCCUCUUUCUUAGCCUUAUCUUGUCAAAGAAUUGAGAGUGUGACUUGGAGAGAUGGAUGAUGAAUACAGGGCUUCUGUCAGGCCAGCUUUAUAAGAUUCUGUCGUGAUAUCAGACACUGUGUUUACUGCAGUUUCUGUAAUAAGGUUUCCACAUGUUGGGAUCGUUGGACCCAUGCAGAAACCACAAACCAGGUGGCGGCAUGGGGUGAGUUUGGUCUGGCUUAACACAUACCAGGGAUGGUCAACAGCUUAGGAAGAGAUGUCCCAACAUGCGCAAAAAAAUGAAGGUAAAAAGUAUAGGGCUCUAGUUGCUCGCUUCUUGCUAAUAAGUUCAAUCUAUCAAAUGAGUAGAUUAACUCCUUGCUCAGUUGGCCCAGCAGGAACGUAAAGUGGUAAAGGACAAUUGUCGAUCUGCUUUAAUGUUUUUAACUGAUCAGGCCCUCAUAAGAAAAAGAGCACAUAUCUUUAAAUGCAAGAGAGCAAUGAAGUGAAAAUAACUUGCAAAGAGUGCCCAUAUAUAAAUUAAGUGACUGCAUCUCCUUCUACACAGUUUAUACAUUGCUUUACUAAAUAGUGUCUCUAAUACAUGCUUCUGACUCUUUAAGUGAGAUACUGCAUUGCAUCCAGUCUACUAAUGUUACCCUAUUCUAGCUGAACGGAUUGUCUAGUUCCUGUGUGUUACUGGUAGGCCCUUCAGGCCCUCUAACUCACGGCUUUCCAAAGAGUAGGCUGCGACCCACAGGUGGGUCACAGGACAUUUUAUUUUGGUUGCCACUGAUGAUUUAUGUCUGCAGUACACCUUUCAGUCACAUUGGAAAACUAGUAAGGUUUCUGUCAUAAUUGUGCCUGUAGUAAGUGUGAAAUUAGAGAGAGUAAUAGCUAAAAACAGUCAGAUAGUCAGUGAACUCCACCUAUGAAUGCAUUUAUUUGGUAUCAAUCAGUCUGGAUUUAUUGCUUCAAUAAGACAUGCUUACAGUAUGAAGCUGUGAUUUAUCAUGUAUAUAUGUACCCUCUGUCUGCCAAACCAGUGUCUGAUUUACCAUUCAAGGUAAUAAAGUGAUGUGUUAAUUGCAAUAAAAAUUAUCAGUAACAUUUACUUAA